GCUCAAAGGGAACAUCAGUCUUGGGCUCAGGCUGAGGCUCUUCAGGGUACAUCCAGGGCUCAAAAGUUCACCGACCAACGGCCUAACAACCCCACCAAGUCCAAACCCUUGACAGACACAGACAAACUCUCUUGUGAGGUGGAGGGGCGUCACAAGAUACAGUGCGGCUCAGCAAGCAUCUCCUCUUCUGAUUGUCGUGACAUUAACUGCUGCCAUGAUGGCCACAUGUGCUAUUAUGGCAAAUGUGUCACUCUCCAGUGCACCAAGGACGGCCAGAUGAUAGUGGUGGUCGCCAGAGAAUCCACCCAGCCCGACAUUGACUUGGACUCCAUUUCAUUCCAUGCAAACGAGCCAAGAUGCCGUCCAGCUGACACCACUUCAGCUUUUGCCAUCUACCAGUUCCCCAUUACAGCCUGCGGCACUGUCAUCAUGGAAGUGGAUGGUGUUGUAAUCUAUGAGAACAGGAUGUCAUCCACCUAUGAAGUCGCUACUGGACUGUAUGGCGCAAUUACCAGGGACAGUCGAUAUCAGGUGCUUUUGCAGUGUAAAUAUGUGGGCUUCUCCACUGAAGCGCUAGUUGUUGAGGUUGGCCAGGUUCCUCAACCGAAUCCAGCUGCAGCUCCUGGGCCCUUAAAUGUGGAGCUCCGUCUGGGCAGUGGAGUGUGCACAACCAAGGGCUGUAUUGAAGAGGAUGUGGCCUUUAGGACAUUCUAUGAGGAUAUUGACUACCCGCUAGUAAAGGUGCUCACAGAGCCUGUGUAUGUUGAGGUCCGAAUGAUGGAUAGGACUGACCCCAACCUAGUCUUGACUCUUGGGCGAUGCUGGGCCACUGCUAAUCCCAUCCCUCACAGCGUGCCUCAGUGGGACUUGCUGGUUGAUGGCUGCCCUUACGUAAAUGACAGUUACCAGACCACCCUUGUUCCAAUCGGUCCCUCUUCAGGCAUCAUGUAUCCCACCCACCAUAGGAGGUUUAUCUUCAAGAUGUUCACUUUUCUGUCAACUGUGGUGAACAGUUCUGAUAAAGAUGCAGAGGUUAUGAGUCCUCUGAAGCGAAAGGUAUACAUCCACUGUGAAACAAGUGUAUGUCAGCCCUCGUUUGGAAACAACUGUGAACCUAUGUGCUUCAGGAAGAAGAGGGACCUUGGCAGAGCAACUUUCCAAAAGAUCUACAAGCAUGACAGCACUGUGGUUAGCAGUUUGGAGAUUCAGUAUAGGGAGUGGAACUGAAGUAUGGCAUAACAAAUAUCUGCUACUUGAUAUAAGUUUGAAAUAAACAA